GUCGGUUUCACACUAAAGCGCCUGGCUACCAACGACGCAUCGAGAUGGCUGAGAUGUCCGAGGUCACGGGCGUCGCGCACCCGCCGUUCUCGCUCGUGCAGUACGAAGACGCGCUCUUGCUGGAGCCCAACCCCCACGUCGACUUUACUUACGCGCCGCCGACCGAGCCGACACUCUCCGAGCCGCUACUGUCGCCCGAGAUCUUGCACGCGAUGCUGCCACCUCGCGAGUGGAAAGAAUUUAGUGGCACCUGGCGUCAGCACGUCUCGAUGGUUCCGAGCACCCGCGCCGACGUUGUCGCCCUGCAGGAGCAACUCGAUGCGAUGCUCGUCCAAGAGCAGACCAAGAAGCAAGGCAUUUGCGCCAAUCGAGAGCGACUCCACGCUCAAGUGUUUGACGAAGUCAUUCGACAAGUGACCUUGGCGUGCCCCGAGCGCGGUCUGCUCUUGCUGCGGAUCCGAGACGAGAUUCGCAUGACGAUCGAAGCGUACCAAGCCUUGUACAACACCAGCUUGUCGUUUGGAAUCCGCAAGACCGUCAUGGCUGAAGAAGGCAUGCAAGCGGUCGACGACGAGUUGCGGGCGCUGCAAGCGACCAACGCCGAGCUGCGAGAGGCUAGAAGCCACUGGAUGCACCGCCUCAAAGUACUCGAGCACCAGUAUGCGACCGAGCGCGAAGCUCGCGCCAAGCAACAAGCGAACGUCGUCGGCCUACUUCGCGAUCAAAUCCAGCAUUUUCAAGCGUUUGGGGAGCUCCGAGAUUCUCAAUAG